AUGAAUCAGAAUGCACUUUCUUCUUCUGACAACCGUGGGAGGACCUUGAAACCUGAGGAGGAUAAAGAAGAAGGGGAGGAGGAGGAAGAUGAAGAUGCAGAUUUUAACCCUUUUCUAAAGGAAACUCUUUCACAAGAAGCAUCUUCAAGUUUGAGCUCUGAAGUUGAUGGUUUGGAUGGUAAUGUGGUCAGUAGUGAGCCAUCUGUAGGUUCAGAGCUAUCAAAGGUAACAACUAAGGAGCAAAUCUGUACUGCUGUAGAUACUGCACAUGGUGAGGAAGAAAUUAUUUUACCACCUUCUGGUAUGAUCUCUCAGUCAGAGAUUAAUCAAGCCAAGCACAAUGACCUAACCAGCGUGGCUGAUGCCAAUGGUUCUAGGACAGGGGAACUAAGUAACAAAACAAAAUCCCGGAGUCCUGUAAUAGACAUAGACAAUGAGGAUGCUAUCUGUAUGCGCACCAGAGCUCGGUAUUCACUUGCAAGUUUUACCCUUGAUGAGCUUGAGACUUUUCUUCAAGAAACUGAUGACGAUGAUGAUCUCCAAAAUGCUGAUGACGAAGAGGAGUAUAAAAAAUUUUUGACAGCUGUUUUACAGGGUGGGGAAGGUGAUAGUCUUUCGACUCAUGAAAAUGAAAAUCUUGAUGAUGAUGAUGAGGAUAAUGAUGCAGACUUUGAGAUAGAAUUGGAGGAGUUAUUGGAAAGUGAUGCUGAAGACAACUCAUUGGUAAAAACCCGGAAAGAGUACGAUCAAGCUGGACGACGACCUGAGACUAGACAAAAUAAGCGCCAAAAGGUCUCCGUCCAGUCUGAGAAGAAAACAUUAGGAGAAGUGAAGAGGCCACUGCGCCCCAUUUUGCCUAAUUGGCUUAACGGAAACCUAGCUUCAGGGAAAGGCUUGAAUUCCGAAUCUUCUCUGAGCUUUCAAUCUUCUGCUUCAGGAAAUGGUCUUGUCAACGGGUUUACUCCCCUGCAGAUUGGUCAAUUGCACUGUUUGAUUCAUGAGCAUGUACAACUUCUUAUUCAGGUAUUCUCUAUGUCGGUUCUUGAACCUUCCCAGAAACAGGUUGCUUCUCAGGUUCAAGGUUUGCUUUUUGAGAUGAUUCACAAACGUGAUGAAAUAUUAGCUUCGAAAAGAGUUCCAUAUCCCACUGUUUGCUUUUCUCCAUCUUUUGCUUGGUCAUCAGUGUCCGAUGUAGGAUCAAAGUUUGUCCAGGUCCAGUCCAACAUAGAAGAAUAUGCUCCUCCUACUGAGAGUUCUUUAUGGGUUCCCUUUGUAAGAGGCCCUGUACAAUCUAUUUUGGAUGUUUCUCCUCUUCAUUUAGUAAGAAGAUACGCUGAUGACAUUAAUUCUGCUGCCCAAGAGUUUCGGAAGAGAUACAUUGAGUCUAGUUCUGAUUCACCUGUUGAAAAGGAACCUCUCUUUCCUUUUUCUUCAUUAGUUGCUGAAGCUAAUAGUGAAUUUUCCAGUGGAACCAUCUCUAGAUCAGUUAAUGCAGUAUCAAAUUCGCCUGGUCAACAACAACCUAAGAAAACAUUGGCUGCUAUACUUGUCGAAAGUACAAAGAAGCAGUCAAUUGCAUUGGUGCCAAAGGAAGUUGCAAAGUUAGCUCAAAGAUUUUUGGCUUUGUUCAAUCCAGCAUUAUUCCCGCACAAGCCACCCCCAGCAGCAGUUGUAAAUAGGAUACUUUUCACUGAUUCUGAGGAUGAGUUGGUAGCUUUGAGGUCUAAAGACAUGAAGCUUGAUAAAGCUAGCAAGCAAGACUCUACUGUAUUAUUAGCCUUAGGGAUAAUGGAAUAUAAUACAGAUUGGAAAGCAAUUCAACAACGUUUUCUUCCCUGCAAGUCUAAGCAUCAGAUACAAAUUUUUGUCAGGCAGAAGAAUCGUUGCUCUUCAAAAGCAUCAGAGAAUCCAAUAAAGGCAGUUCGAAGAAUGAAAACCUCCCCAUUGACUGCAGAGGAGAUAGCGUGCAUUCAAGAGGGACUCAAGAUUUAUAAAUUUGAUUGGAUGUCAGUAUGGCAAUAUAUAGUUCCACAUAGAGAUCCAUCCUUGCUUCCACGCCAGUGGCGCAUCGCACUUGGCACCCAAAAGUCAUAUAAGAUAGACGCAUCGAAAAGGGAGAAGCGGAGAUUGUAUGAGUCACAAAGAAGAAAGUUGAAGGCUGCCACAUUAGAAAGUUGGCGUGCUAUAUCUGAUAAAGAGGAUUGUGAUACUGAAAUUGCUGGUUCAGAGUGCAUGGAUUAUUCAGAUGUACCAUACGUCCACCAGGCAUUUCUGGCAGAUUGGAGGCCAGACACAUCUGCUCUUGCUUAUUCUGAACGCAUUCCCACUACAUCUGGAGAAGGAAAUGUUGCUCACCAUGCAUUUUCUCAAGACAUUCAAUUUUAUAGGGGUACACAAGAUUAUGGUUUAAGAGGAAAAGUCCGAAAUCAGAAUGGUAAUCAGUCUGCAUUUCCAUCUGUAUCUAACCUACCUCAGUUUUUUCGCGCCUCAUCUGAUUUGAGAAAUGGAAUGAAUGAUGCUCCUAGCACCAUUAAUCCUAGAAAACCAGUUUUUAAUGUGACCUCUAGCUCCAAAUACUAUUGUCGGCCCUAUCGGUCUCGGAGGGCUCAUAAUGCCCACUUGGUGAAAUUAGCACCAGAAUUGCCCCCUGUAAAUCUUCCUCCUUCUGUCCGGGUAGUUUCUCAAAAUGCUUUUAAAGGAUUCCAGUGUGGAACGUCCAAGGUUUUUGCUCCUGGAGGUGGGGUAGCUGCUUGCGGAGAGGAUCAUUCUGCUUCUCAAAAUCCUCAUGGUGACAAAUCUGAAAAUGUUCAUCCUGUUAAAGGUGCAAGACCUGCAUUGAAAGACACUGUCAAAGGUUCUCAAUUAGAAAGAUCUGAAACUGUUGAACGCAGAUCUAUUGUGGAAGAAAAAGGCACUUGUACUGAUCUCCAGAUGCAUCCUCUCUUGUUCCAGGUCACUGAAGAUGGCAAUGUUCCUUAUUAUCCUUUGAAAUUUAGUUCUGGCACUUCUAGUUCAUUCAGCUUCUUCCCAGGAAACCAACCACAAUUAAAUCUGAGUCUCUUCCAUAACUCGCAGCAACAAAGCCACAUUGAUUGUGCUAACAAGUCCUUAAAGUCAAAAGAUUCCAUUUUAAGAUCCAGAGGCAUUGAUUUUCAUCCACUUCUGCAGAAAUCUGAUGGUGCACGAUCACCAAAUUUUGAUGCCAACCAGCCUGAGUCACUGGGUACUAGUGGUGUGCCAGCAAUAGCCAAUAGAUCUUCCGGCUUUAGUGACAAAUCCAAUGAACUUGAUUUGGAGAUUCAUCUUAGUUCUGUAUCUGGAAGGGAGAAAUAUGUGAACAGUAGACAGCCAAAGGCACAUGAUCCAGUAGGAUCCAAGAAAACUGUAGAAAUUAGUGGAAUAGCGAGGGAACCUCAAGAGGAUAAUGUUCUUCAUUGUCAGAAGAAGGGUGGUGAAAAUGUUUCAGCUAUUAGUCAUGGGCCUGCUUCCAGUGCCCCUGCAGUUGUUCCUAAUGAUAUUGCUAGAUAUGAUGAAGAUGAUAGUGGUAAUCAGUCUCAUCCUGAGAUAGUGAUGGAGCAGGAAGAGUUAAGCGAUUCUGAGGAAGAUAUUGAAGAACAUGUAGAGUUUGAGUGUGAAGAGAUGACUGAUUCAGAAGGAGAGGAUGGUUCUGGCUGUGAACAAGCUCUCGAGGUUCAAUCUAAGGAGGUCCCAAUUUCUUCUGAAGAAAAUGUUGUAACGUAUGCGGCUUGUAUGAAAAAACCAAGUGAGCCAAGGGCCCAUUCUGAUGCUCAAGUUGAUGGCGGCCUCCUUAUAAAUAAUACUGCACUAAAUGGUGCUUAUACUAAUGAGGAACAAGAUGACCGAAGUAGUUCUUCAUGGCUAAGUUUAGACUCAUGCACGGCAGGUAAUCCUGUACCUUCAAACGCCAUACUUGGACAGAGUACGAUUGGCGAAGCUUCUGCUUCUAGAAACUUCUCAAUUGGUAAAGCUGUCACAGAGGAGAGACAUACCGUGGACAUGGUACAACAGCCAAGUGUUGGUCCUUAUUUGUCUACCACUCCACGAAAACCCAGGAAGCGUUCUGGCAAAUCUAAUGCAAAUUUAAAUAUAGGAUUGACUGUUGAAAGAUCAACCGAUGAUGGUAUUCAUGAAAAUGGUUGA